AUGUCUUGCUUGUCCCCGCCCCAACAGCCGGACACCCGUUCGUCGCCAAAUGCGACUCCCUCACGCCGGCCCUCACCAACCACUCUCGCCGCUGCUAACGCUGAGCAGGCGACCACCUUUGUUCCAAGGGAGGGCUCAUUCAGCGAUGGCGUAUUGAUCAUUCUAUCGUGCGAAGCGGAAAAUAUAUUCAUUAUGUCUAACUUGUCUUAUGAGCACGUGCUUGAAUCCGCGCUCACCAACUUCACUGCCCUCAAGAGUUCUCGAGCGGAGCGCAGCCAAAUUCGACUAGCGGUCCAGACAAAGAUUGGGAGUGUCGAUACCUUGGUGCUCGUCACGUCCGAUACGUGGCCUGCCGUAGCCAGUCGGGCCCGGGUCGUUACAGUAUUGUUUCAACAAUCCCCCUCCUCGCCUUCUCACCGCGGCCCGGGCCCCCAUCCAAGGUUACCACCGCCCCCGGUACCAUAUCGACAGUCUUCUCCGCAGCGAGACUUGGAGCCUACGAACCGGCGUACAGACUCACCGUCACCCCACCAUUCGACCUGGAACCCCCCCUACCCUCCUACUGCAUAUACCACCUCGUGUGCCUCAUCUGCGAGUCCGGGAAAGGCGUCAUCGUCACGAUUACAGCACCACUCCAGGCAGUUGUCACAGAGCAGCACUAAUGAAUCUCCCAGAGUUCAACACCCGUACGCUCAAGUACACUACAUUCCCGCUCCCAAUGCAGUCUCUCCAACGACCGAUGUUUCUUUCCUUGGAGUUCGUCACGCAGUCGACACUGACUCGCGAAGAGACCGGCCGGACUCGUAUCAAACAGAGCAUUCCAAACGUCGCUGGGACCAGUUAGAUGAUGGGCUACGGAGGAGCGAGCUUAUGCGAUGGGUCCUGGUCCACUUUCAUCUCAUGGGAAUGGUAAUCGGCAACAAUUCUCACAAACUCAACACCCCGAAGAUAAUCGUAAACAUAAGAGGGGCAUGGAAUCCUCCAGACCACCAGUAUAUGUGCAGGCGAUGCCAUCGAACCGACUCCCCAGCAUGGCGCAAGGGACCUGACGGACCCAAGACUCUCUGCAAUGCGUGUGGGCUUUCAUACGCCAAAGAUACUGCGAGAAGGGAAGCGGCGGCCUCGAGUUCAAUCUCGUCAGCCAAUACACAGGCUCCAUUACCUGCGCAGUUAGCUUCCGAAAGGCCAGCGCAGUAUACGUACAACUCGGAUUCUACCAACAGCAAUAACUCAAGAUCUGGGCGUGGGGCUGGAGUGAAAACUUUAGACGGGAGCAAUGCGACCCUAUCGACGGCCGAGGGCGGGUUUCCAGGACCAACUGCAGCUCCUGACGCUCCUCCGUCAUCCGCACAACCCCUUCGGAAAUGCACCAUGUGCGAGAGGACGGAUUCACCGCAGUGGAGAAAGGGACCUAGGGGACCCAACACGCUCUGCAAUUCCUGCGGUCUGCAGUGGGCGCGCACCCAACGGAAGUCCGAAGGGGUCUAUUCGCGCGCGGCUAGCUCACGGUCUGCAUCUCCACCAGCCGCAUUGAGAACUACAUAUCAACCUGCUGCACCCCCUGAGACUACUGGAACAGGUGCCUCAUUAGCCGAGAGCCCUACUGGGCGAUUACCAGCGAGGUCCCAGCUCCCAUCUCAGAACGACCGUGACGACGAACGAGUGCGAUCCCCAUCAGUAGCUAGCCGUCGUUCCGAUUCGCUCGAUAAUGUUGAAAAUCGCCGUUCAUCGUGA